AUGUACGGUGUAGCAGCCCGACUACCAGGUGCAAUAGUCUCCACGCGUGAUUUCUUACACAUCAAGCGUGUUCUGGAGUACCAACUCAAGAACCAUAUGAGCAAAUAUGAACCAUCGAUACAAACACUCCAAGCGCUGACUUUAAUACAUUUGACGCUUGAGCUUCAGUGUGAAGGUCUUGAGGGAGUCGAGACAUGGCCCCUUAGGCUUGCUGCUGCAGUUAGGAUGGCUUUUGAACUCCGUUUACACCGGAAAGAAACAUAUGCUCACGAACACCCUCUCACGCAAGAAAUGAAACGCCGCCUUUUCUGGGCCAUCUUUGCCAAGGACCGUUGGACCAGUACCGGCAAAGGCUACCCCCUCAUGAUCGAUAUGUCUGAUAUUAAUGUCGACCUCCCCUCUCCUCAUGACAUUGAUAAUCCCACCGCCCCACCUCACGAAUACUUCGUCGAGCUCAUCCAGCAAGCAAUUGCCCUAGGUCGUAUACACCCCGUCUGUUUUCGCGCGGACCGUUUCGCACAUGUCACACCCGCACAAUUCCGUCUCGUUGAACAAGAAGUCGCUCAUUUGGGCCAGCGAAUUAGAGCUCACGCUCACAUAUGGUCGCCCAUCACCUUGGCACAUCUUGAAAUCAAUUACGCUACUAUAAGGCUACUUUUUUACGGGCCAUUUUUCAAACCUACAACUGAUGCUGAGGCUGCGCUUUUCUCAGAGUUAAUCCCGAAUGCAUCGGAUAUGAGAGUCUUACUUGCCAACGAUUCUGUCAGGGCGUUAGGAUACACGAGUAAGGAUUUAUUGUUGACUGGUCCGAGUAUCUGGGGGAUAAUGUUUUAUGCUCAAGUCCGAUGUUUCCUGGUGGCUUUGAGUAUUAAGCAUGACCCCAUCACAGACUAUGAUGACGAGCUGAGAAGUGCGGCGGGAAACGCAGUGGAAAAGGUGGGUGACAUUGCGAAGUUCAUGUGUGAGGACAAAAAAUGGUCUUUCAUGAUAUUAUCAGGUACUUUAGCGAUUUUCACUAAGAGAGUUGCGGAGGAUAAGGAUGCUGUAAAAAGGUUGUCUGUUGGAGGAGAAGGGAAACCGGGGAGGAAGGGAAGUGGCGGAAGGAAGAGAAGGGCGGUGGAUACAGGCGAGGGCGAAGUAAUUGAUGGGAGAAAAAAGAGGGACAUGGUGAUACAGACCGCUGGAUUGGGGUUCGUUACUGGUGUUCGCAGUGUAGACUCUGAUUCGACGGUAGAUUUCAAAGGUGAGACACCAACGCCAGUACAGAUGGCUAGUAAUGGGGAUUUUGGAAAUUGGGAUUUGGGGAAUGAUUAUAGUGAGGACAUUGACUGGCAAGAAUGGGAUAUGAUGUUUUCUGGCAUUGCUUAG